AUGGCCAGCGAUGCGACGCGACAUCGGGCUCGGAUCCUAUGUGCGACUGCGGUCAUACUCAACUGCUUGACUGCCGGGUGUAAGUCCAGUCCUCGAUCUAUUCAGCAUCGUCCCGAUCGGACCGCCGGUGAUCGAGCGGCGCGAGCUGACCUUUCCCCCCACUUGCAACUUGAACGUGUAUCUCCCCCACUCCUGCGCUCAUCUGCACCCUCAAAGCCAUCUUCACCUUCCCAUUGUUCGCCCCGCCCCUUGCACGUACCUUAGGUCUCACGGGGGCCCAAACGAACGCGCUCGCAUCAGCCUCGAUUCUCGGUGAAUACGUCAGCGCCGGCGUGUUCGGUGCCUUGACGGACCGGAAAGGCCCCGGCGCGACCUCAUUCGCCGCGGCGUGCUUGUUCGGAUUGGGUUAUGGAUUGUUGGGAUCGAGAUACCUCGUCUCGGCCAAGAUGGCCAGAGAGGGGAUCGAGUUGCCUCAAGGCCAAUGGAUCGUGCGUUUCCUUCCUCACUCGAGGGACAAAAGUUCCCGAAAAGGAAAAGUUGCGCAGACUUUGACCUGUUCAUUCCUUUGUCGCCGCCGCGCAGUUCCUUUGCGCUUACUACUUCUUGGCAGGAGCUGGAACCGCAGCGUCCUACUUUUCCGCCAUCAUAGCAGCGACCAAGUCGACUCCAUCUCGGCACUCCGGUCUAGGUCCGUUCUUUCGCGUCGUCCCCUCCCACCUCGCGCCAGCACUGACCUCGUGAGCUUGCCAACACAGCCAUCGGACUGCCAUGUUCGAUCUUUGGACUGUCACCUCUCUUCCUCUCGACCCUGGCCCCUUACUUCACGUCUCGAGCCUCCGAGCUGACCCGUGUCAAAGGCGUCAAUGAAGAACUCGAUCCCGGCAAAUGGCUGCUCUUUCUUGCUGGCUUCCUCUUCCUCGUCAACCUCUACAGCUCGUUCACGUUGAAGGAGAUCCCUUGCGAAGAAGUAGUCGAUCUUGCCGUGCAAGACUCGGGGACGGGCUCGAUCGAAGAAGACUCGGGCAAUACGCCGAGCGAACAUACUCGAUUGCUUCCGUCGACGGUUCUAGAUCUCGUAAGGAACGACGAGGAUGACAAAGCCCCCAUGCGCCAGUCGUUCGGCACUCUGCUGAGUACACCCACCUUUUGGCUAUUUGGAGCUGUCAUAUUCUUGGCAACUGUAAGUCGAGUAAUCAUAUCUUUUCAAGUCGAACCCUAACUGAUCCGAUUAGAGCCACUCUUCAGGGCCCUUGUGAGAUGGUCAUGGCGUCCUUGGGCGGAAUUGUCGAGUCGCUGCUGGGCGUCCACACCCUUGGCGAGGGAUCGUCGUCGAGCUCGAGCUCCAAGGCUUCGACAAUCUUGGUCGCGCUCGUCUCGUCCCUGGCACUCCAGGGUGCCAGCGACACUCGAGCCCUAGCGUUGCGCAGACUGCACGUCCAGAUUCUGUCGGCGGCCAACACCAUUUCGCGGCUCUUGAUUGGGUUUUUGUCGGACUGGCUGUCGUACGCCGCUGCGCCUCUCGUAGCGGACGAAAAUUCGCCUCCCGGCUCCCCUCGACCUGCUUCGUCGAUCCAUCCCCGAUCAUGGAAACGUCGAAUACAGCUCUUGUUCCACGACCGACCACCACCUCGCGUCUCGCGACUCUUUUUCCUCGUCCUAUCCUGCGUCGUGCUCGCUCUGUCCUUCUUCUACGCCUCUUCGUCGUUGUCGGAACCUUCGGGCCUAUGGAUCUUGACCAUCUCCGUAGGGUCGUGCUACGGACUCGUUUUCACCCUCGCACCGGCGAUCGUUCGAGCCGUCUACCCCAUCUCGGACUUUGGACGCAACUGGGGCGUGCUGUCGUUGUUCUCGGCCUGCGGUGCGAGCUUGUUCACGCCUCUGUUUGGGGUGCUAUUGGAUCUGCAGAGGGAAAAGGAAGGGAUCGCUGUAUGCGUGGGUAGGGAAUGCUUCGAAAAGAUCUUUGUACUGAGUGGGGUUAGUGAGGUAUUGGCGUUGGCGAUCACGUUCGUGUUGUGGAAAGGAUGGUGGAAGGGGAUCGUGUGA